AUGUCGGCUUCUCAAAACUAUGACGGGCCUAGGACUCCUCAUGGGCAAUCUCAAAUGAGACAACAAGGUGGUUCUUGGCCUCAGUUCUACCCAAAUGCUGCGCUUGCCGCCCAGGCAACCGCCAACUAUCUUGCCAUGCGUCAAGGGCAAGGACCCGCCUCAAGCAAAGCGGCUGGCGGCCAAGUAGAGGAUAUUUCACAAGAUAAUAGAAGCGCUAGUGAUGCAAGACUCGGUAAAAAACCCCCACCGACACUCAAGGGCCUCUUCACAAAAGACCUAAAAGAGAUCAUGUACGGGUUGGGGGAUGAAGCGCCAGCCGCAGACACAGUUGCGCUCAUGGACGACAUUCUUGUAGAGUAUUUACAUGACUUGAUCACAACAGCCGGACAAGGUGGGAAAACGAUUCAGACAGAGGACCUGAGAAGAACAUUGCAAGGACCAGGGGACGAAAGAAAGCUUGCACGCCUCGAGGAGCUCAUUGUAUUGCAAAUCGAGAUAAAAAAGGCUCGUGCAAUCAAUGGCCUGGAAACCGCUGGUCGCAAUCUGGGAGAAUAA